UAGUGCCUUAGAUAUUUGUGUUCCACAGAACAGCACUGAUCAGUAAAUUGGAAAACUGUUAUCAUCAAAAGCACUCAGUUCUGCAGAUUCCAAAACACUGAAGACACAUCGAAAGGUAGUGAUUGAAACUACACUAUCAUUCACGAGGGCCCUAACCGAAGCAGACUGGGGCCAUACCUCCUCUAUUUAUAAGAAAUUUUCCUUUUCUUUCCUUUUUUCCUUUUCUUUCUUUCUUUCUUUCUUUCUUUUCUUUCUUUUUUUUUUUGAGGAGAAAGGAUAGAGUUUAAGGAAAUCAUUUCAAAGGAUAAAUUGAUAAACAUAAAAUCUGAAUCGAAAACCACUUUAACCAGUGGGAGAAUCAAAUACAAAGAUCUUCUUCAGUUACGCGCAAACACAGGACAUAUCCUGGAGACAAAUUUGUUUGGCUUUAACGUCUAGGAAAGAAGAAAUGUCUGCUUCUUUGGGAUUGAUCCAAGCCCUCUGCCCUAAUACACUGUCUAAGCUCAAGUUAAUGACAGGUUCUGUGGGAAAGAAGCUAGUAGGAGAGUGGAUUAAAUAAACUGAACUCAAGUCAAGAAUUUAAUAGGGCUAUUAAAAGUAGAAGUUGGAGGAAGCCACACCCUAUUUCUAUUUUAAAACUGUUUUGUUUCCACUUAUUUGAAAAUGUUCAAAAGAUAAAGAGUAUCUUCAAGAUACAGAUCUCCCGCAGCUGCUGAAUGGUAAAACACUGGGUAUUUCUUAGUAGAAAUACCAACCCGUUGCAACAUCAGUUCAACUUUCAAAAAUAUGUAGGUGGAGGAGUUUGGAGGCAGUUGGUACGAGAAGGGUAGCAGAAGCAUACCCCAGAUUUGGACAGACCUUGAACUUGCAAAUUCACUUCAUGAAUCUGCCAUCUUUUUUCUCAAAGGAGACAUUUGGAAACCGACACGUUGCAUAGAAAGACAACCGUCACUAUUCUGUUCCUUGAAGUUGAGCAGAAUAUAACCAAAGAUAACAUUUUUGUUUGUGUUUCUUGUCUGGUUUUCGCUUUUGUUUUUGUUUGGGCAAUUGACCCCGGAAGGGAAAGAGCUUUGCUACCCCAAGAAGGCCUCUAGGGAAGUAGAAAAGGGAGUGCGACCCCAGAAGAGUGAGGUAAGCUAGGGUGACCGUAUGUGGAAGAUUAGGAGAAGAUUCGGAAGAAGUCUUCAUAGCCAGAUUGACUUUCCACCACUUAGAAAGACUAUUCCUUUUUAACAAUUGGGAAACUAAGGGACAGUGAUCCCCAAAGACUUUUCCAAGGUCAUGUAGGAGGCAGCAGAGCUUUGUUUAAACCCUGCUCCAGGGGCACCUGGGUGGCUCUGUCCAUUAAGUGUCGCACUCUUGACUUGGGCUCAGGUCAUAAUCUCAUGGUUUGUGAGUUUAAGCCCCACAUCGGGCUCUACGCUGACAGCGUGGAGCCUGCUUGGGAUUCUCUCUCUCUCUCUCUCUCUCUCUCUCUCUCUCUCCCCCUCUCCCUCACUGGUGCACGUGCUCUCUCUCUCUCUCAAAAUAAAUAAUGUUAAAAAACAAUAAAAUAAAGUCUUAAAAAAUAUAUAACGCUGCUCCAAAGCCUUGGUCUUCCCCCACUAUGCUGUGUAUUUGUCUCUGUGGUAACCUUUUUGUGGGGUGACCCAGCAGGCUGGCUCUCUGAAGAGGUAACAAUUUGGAAAUGGUUUGGAAAUACAGGCUGAAGAAGCCUGAAGUGUAGUUGCCCCACUUUGGGGCGGGGGCACAGAGCAGAAGAGGCCAAUGCCACCCAUGAUAACAGUGACCUUGAGGGCUCCCACCUAUCCUUUGGGAUCUUUCAGGCGGCAGAAUGACCCCUCAAACACAGUUGUUCUGCUUCACUGUUUAGUAUCUAGGAAGUAGACAGGGCAGGUAUGUUCCUGGGUGAGCCAAGUUUGGCAACAGAGAGAUGCCUUAAGACUUGUUGAGUAAUUCUUACAUGCAAGGCAUUGUUCUAAGCUCUUUUUAUAUCCUGAACCUAUUUAAAUCUCCUUAAAGCCCCAUAAAGUCAGCCCUCUUAAUACCUCCAUUUUAUAGAAGAAGGAAGGAAACUGAGGCAUACAGUCCAGUGCUGUGCACUAUAACCCAGAUGAUGGAUGUAAAGGGUCUUCAGGCAGGUGUAAUUGGCCCCAUUUCACAUUUCUUUGUCUGGAAAGAUACAGAAUCUAUAGGUGAUUGCAAAGAUUCCAGUAUUGCAAAAUAUAGGCCUGGAGGAACCCGAUUGCAGUCUAGAACAGGGAUCGCCAAAUGACAUACAGCCCAUGGGCUAAGUCUCACCCGUUUCUGUACUCUCCACAAGCUGAGAAUGACUUUACAUUUUUAAAUGGUUGGAAAAAACCAAACGAAGACUAUUUAGUGACAUGGAUGUUAUAUGAACUUGAGAUAUCGGUGUCCACAAAUAAAGACUUCACAGGACACAGGCACAUAUUAUGGCUACUUUCGAGCUGCGGUAGCAGACGUGAGUGGUUAUUACAUCAGAAACCAAAUGUCUCACAAACCUAAAAUAUUUACUAUGGGGCCCUUUAUAGAAAAAAAAGUGCUGACGUAGAAUCAUGUGGUCAACAUAAUUGCCUAAUACUUUCAGGGAAAAAUUUUUGUCGUAAUUGUGAUUGCUAAAUAAUUAAAAGCCUCCCCUUUUGUGCAGAAACUGGUUACUUAAAAAGAAAUUCUGAAUAAACAUCCUUCACAAAUGACUUUUUAAAUAGAAUGUGCAGCAGGUGUGCAUAAGAUAGAUAAAUACAUUUAUAUAUCUUCUCACUAAAUGUUAGCGCUCUGCUUGUUUUCAGAGACGGUCUGCUUGGCCCAAUGUUUGCAAUAAUCUUUAUGAUUGUCAAACCCUUUCAUAGACAUUAACUUAUUUGAUGAUUUACAAGUGCUGGGGGUACUGAUCGGCAGUAAUAAAAUGGUCCCUGAGCUGAACGGAUGGCAGCCAUCCUUUAACUGAAUGGUCUUGCAAGUGCUCUGCUUCUGGAUUUUUUCUUGAACCUACUCACCCGCAGCCCAUCACCUUGCUGACAACAGGGUGCCUGGGUGUCCCCGUGCUACAUCCCUCUGUUAAUUUGUGACUUUUUAAAACAAUAUUUAUUUAUUUUUGAGAGAGAGAGAGCACAUGAGUGAGGAAGGGGCAGAGAGAGAGGGAGACAGAGAAUCCCAAGCAGGCUCUGCACUCUGAGCACAGAGCCUGAUGCCAGGCUGGAACUCAUGAACCAUAAGAUCAUGACCUGGGCUGAAACCAAGAGGUGGACGCUUAACUGACUGAGUCAGACAGGUCCUCUUGAAUUUGUGACUUUUUAGCUGCUUAGGUCUGAGUAACUUUGUUAUGACUAUGCAACUAUACUAAGAGCUCAUGGCCUAAGACCGGAGAGGGGUUCAACGCACAUGAACAGGACCUCUGAUGCUUAAAACAAAGAUGAUAAAUUUGCAUCUUGAAGGCUCCAUGCAGCCUUCAGGGUGCAUGUACAUGCAUGCACUUGUGUUUUAAAAAUUUCUUAAGUACUUGGUCACAUUCAAAGAGUCUGGGAAUUUUUUUUUAAGGGUAAAAUUCAGAUUUCUCACUUCUGAAAAUAUUUGAAGAGUGGGGCGCCGGGGUGGCUCAGUCAGUUAAGCAUCUGACUUCAGCUCAGGUCAUGAUCUCACGGUUCAUGGAUUCUAGCCCUGCGUCGGGCUCUGUGCUGAUGUCUCAGAGCCUGGAGCCUGCUUCAGAUUCUGUGUCUCUCUCUCUCUCUGCCCCUCCCCCACGCAUGCUCCUUUUCUGUCGCUCAAUAAUAAACAUUAAAAAAAAUUACAGGCCCCGUGGCCAGCGUGGCAUUAUUGGCCAGCGUUGAGAGGGAGCUGCUUGCUUCAGGUGGGACAUAGGCUCUUCGCUGCGGUCCCCACCCUCCCUCUGUGUCCAUGACACCUCGCCCAAAUGUGAGCUGCCACUUGUGAACUUACCAGCCCUGUCUUUCCCUUCCUCCUCCAGCUUCACCUACUAUCUUCAUUUCUCUUCCCCGACACAUUCACGUGUGUGAAUCCAGCCCACAAAUUUGUGAUCGUUGGUUGCUGGGAGAUCCUUUCUUGUUUAUUUUCUGUGUCUCCUGCGUAGCCAAAGCAUUUGGGGUUGCCAGACUGACACAGCAUGGUAUACAUUUGGCGGAAAUGAGGGGACCCGUCACAAAGCGUUGUCGUGAGCCAGCAGCAAUAAUUAGGCUGAGAGGAGUGAUCUGUGGUAGAGAGGUAUGAGCACUUGGAAAGGAGUCAGGCCCGGAUUCCAAGCCUGCCCCUGCCGAGAACCAAACCAGCCUCCACGUUUGCCCCUCAUGGCUCAGCUGGGGCAGACACAUGGCUCCUAAGUUACUAAGAACCCAGUGACUGUAAGGGAGAAAAGAUCCCGCCGUGUUCUCAGAAACCUUUAGGUAGCCUCGCCUCGUGUGUUCGUGCAGAGCUGAGCUGAUGAUGUGUUGUUAGCUGCCUCCUGUGCUAUCUCCUCGUUUGUGAUGUUAAAGAUUAUCCUGGGGUACGGAGCGGCAGGGGAAGGUCAUACAAAAUGCCCGCUUGAUGACAGUUUGCAGUAGGUUAAGCCAACUGCAGUGACCAGAGCAGAAAUAAUGUACUGGUUGGAAGUCACAGCUUAGCCCGCCCCAAUUAUUUGCUAGAAGAAAAUGCCUGUUCAGUUGCCACAGAUACCAAGCAAAACAAACCUACCCGCUGGGCUAACUGCUUAGCAGGGCAUCAUCUCGCAAUCUCACGUUGUUCACCUAAACCAUUGUACAUAAGGCAGGACAGACCAGAGAGGCAUCUCCCGGGUCGUGCCGUUUGGAGCUGUAAAUCACAUCGCGCCUCUCUCGCAGCCCCGCUUGCAAUCUGCGUUGAAUAAAUCCUGAUGAAAGAUUUGUUGAGUUUGCUUUGUAUUGGCAUUCCAUUGGGGCUCUACUGUAGGGUCAAGGCUCAAGGCAAAAAGAGGGGAAAACCACCCUGAACCUACAAUGAGAGCCCAGAAUUCCCUCCCCCCCCCCCCCAGCCCUCCCCUACUCCUGCUCUCCACGAAAGUUCUGCCAAGGAUGUAUUUUACAGAAAAGGGCGUGGCUCUACUAAGAGUGAAGGGAAGUGAAGGCAUCCACAUGGGCUAUUCAAUUCUUCCCUUCCUAUAGCAUAUUUCUAUUUUGUGUCUGGGGCGAAGGGGGAGAGUGAUGGGGAAGGAUAAGAGUGGAAUUUAACCUCCCCUGUUUCAGUAGAAAUAAAGCAACCCACUGGAAAGCCUUAAGAGGGUAAAAAUUUCUCUUUGCCAUUACUAAGAACAGAAGUCAAAAUAUCAGUUCAUUAACAAGGUCAGGAGAUGUUGGAUAUUUUUCUAAAGAGAAACAAUAACAAUAGCUGGUAAUGCUUAUUGAACAUGUGUGGUCAUAAACAUAAACCCUGAACAAGAGUCAUCUCUCUUUUUUUUCUUAAUUUUUUUAAUGUUUAUUUAUUUCUGAGACAGAGAGAGACAGAGCAUGAGUGGGGGAGGGGCAGAGAGAGAGGGAGACACAGAAUCAGAAGCAGGCUCCAGGCUCCGAGCUGUCAGCACAGAGCCCGACACGGGGCUUGAACUCAUGGACCGUGAGAUCAUGACCUGAGCCGAAGUCGGUCGGUUGCAGGUCCGACUGAGCCAUCCAGGUGCCCCCAGAGUCAUCUCUUUUUAUGUUCUUCCCAGCCAUGUGAAACGGAAACCACUGUGACUGUCCAUCUCACAGAUGAAGAAGCUGGGGCUCAGAGAGGUUCAGUAACUUUACCCUGGUCUCACAGCUGGUCAGCGACCAGCAGGGAUUUGAGGCUCAAAUGGAGUGGCUCCAGCAUCUGGACUAGGGAGCUGCAGAGUGAAGCUUUCUGGCUUCUCUCCAGCUGAAUGACUUGGGAAAAGAAUGUUCUUCUUGGCCUCGGUUUUCUCAUCUGUAAAAUAAAGGGUUGUAUUAAUUAGAUAUAUUUAAGGUCCCCGCCAACUCUUCGGGUCUGUGUCCAAAUCCGUAUCCAUCACAUCCGUGACACUGUUGUCAUUCAUUAGCUCAGCCCAUUACAGUAAGCUGGGGAGUCGGGGGGGGGGGGGGGAAAGGGAGAGGGGUGGGACAGGAAGGGGGCAAGGAGAUCGCUGCAUUAUACACCAAACACUUUCCUAACAGAGGCAGCUGAUCCUGCCCAGACAGGUGGGACGGGAGAUGGGCGCAGGCAUUUUUAGCAUACCACUGUGACUGUCACAAUGGAUUUUGUAGUUGGACCAGUCCCUUUUCCCCAGUAGCGUCCUUGCCGCCCUCAUAGGUCUACAGGGCACUCCACAGUUGCUGAGUGCUCCAGGCACCUGGCACAGGUGAGCUGUGACAACCCCUGUGUAAUGUGACCGGACCUGCUGGGCUUCUCUUUCUUCCUGCCUCCCUUGAAUUACACUGAGUGAUACUUCCAGGAAUUUUGCAGCAGCCCCAAAGCCUUUGUUCUUUCUUCAGAAUAAGGAAGUGGGAGAGGUGGCUUGGUGGGAAGGAGACUUCUUUGAGUUCUGUGAAAUGAACUCAAAUCUGAAGCUGUCAGACUUUUCAAAAGACCCAGUGGCUAGUCACUCCACAUUUCGUAGAUAAAUACCGUGUUGACAGCUCAAGUUAUCUGAAGCUCUGUGUGAAAGGGGAACCAACUUUUCUCUCUGGGAACAAGGACUCUCACGUUUCCGUCUGGUGUGCAAACUAACGUGUGUUUGUUUCAUUUACGAUUUGUGUCAUCCACACGGACCCUUCAAUGUUACAAGUCAGUCACCGCUAGGUUCCUUCUGCCAUACCCCAAGAGGGUGAUGCUUUUUUCCCUCUUCCCAUAGCCUCCACAGACUCGGUGGUAUAUAACACCAUGGGAAACUGGCUGAUUUAAUCCGGGGAACACGUACCUCACCAGUCUUUUUUCUUUUUCUUUUUUUCUUUCUUUUUCUUUCCUUUUUUUUUGCAGCUGAUAAUCUGCUGAACACGUGUUACAAGUGCAUUUUUUUCUUAUCUGUGUCUGCAUGCCCAGAGGUAGAAACAACACUGACAAGCAAAAAGAGGGGCAGAGAAGCAAAUAAACCCGAGGGGCAGAGGUCCUCAACCUUGUGGUUUCCCCGGGGCGGCUAGCAGGUCGCGGGGCUCCCUGGGGGGCAAAGUGGGAGCAUUUACUCUGCCAGGCGAGGGGGGGGGAGCCUGGGAAGAGAAGGGAGAUGGUAUCGGAAUAGAUUGGAUGGGAGGGGGGCGGGGUGAAGCCGGGGAGACUCAGCCCCGGCGAAAAGGACCCGUCCUUCCAAUGCAAUGCAGUAGGUAAUUUGCAAGGAUCCGCCACUCGCAUUCCGUAUGCAAAUGAGGAGGGCCUCUGGGCGGGGCGGAGCGCGGCCGGGAUUCAGCACCGAGGGUCGGAAGAGCACGCCGAGCCCGGGGAGCAUCGCUUCUUCUCCGGCCGGCGCCCCGGAGGAGGGACGCCGCGCUCCGGGAGACAGUAGAUGAGGCUUGAAGCGCUCACGCCCCGUUGCGAAGCUGUCGAAAUCCCAGACUGCGAAGAGCCGUCAGUUCAGCCUCUUCGCGCCCGAGGUUUCAGGGGCCGGUCAUUGCUCCAUCCCUGGAGAGAGAUCCCUUCCCCGAGGAAGUGAAAAUAAUGAACUUUUGGAGGUAUUGCUGUUUUGCUUUCAUCCUGCUCUGUGUGGUUAUUUUGGUGAUCCUUUAUAGUAGCCAGUUAAACGUGCCAAAGAGUUUCGGGAAGGUGAACGGUUCCAGUCCGAGGUAUUCUCCAGUGCAAGCCUGUGAUGACGCCUUAGGAGCUAAGUCAGCCUUUCUGUGGGGGAAGACCUUACCAUCCCCUUUGGGAAGCGUCCCUUGUAAGGACUACCUGAUCCAGAAUCACUACAUCACAAGCCCCCUGUCGGAAGAAGAAGUCGCUUUCCCUUUGGCUUAUGUCAUGGUCAUCCAUAAGGACUUUGACACUUUUGAAAGGCUCUUCAGGGCUAUCUAUAUGCCCCAGAACGUCUACUGUGUUCAUGUGGAUGAGAAAGCCCCGGCUGAGUUUAAGGCAUCUGUAUGGCGGUUACUGAGUUGCUUCCAAAACGCUUUUGUCGCGUCAAAGAUAGAACCUGUGGUCUACGCAGGCAUUUCCAGGCUCCAGGCUGACCUGAAUUGCCUAAAAGACCUUGCGGCCUCCAAGGUCCCAUGGAGGUACGCCAUCAACACGUGUGGGCAAGAUUUCCUGAAAACCAACAAGGAGAUAGUCCGGUAUCUGAAAGGAUUUAAAGGGAAAAACAUUACCCCGGGGGUACUGCCUCCGGAUCACGCAAUUAAACGGACUAAGUAUGUCCACCAGGAGCACAUAGGCAAGGAUGGCUCUUUUGUGAAAAAUACUCAUAUUUUGAAAACCUCGCCUCCACAUCAGCUGACCAUCUACUUUGGCACCGCCUAUGUGGCCCUUACGAGAGAGUUUGUCAACUUUGUCUUCCAUGACAAAAGGGCCAUUGAUCUACUACACUGGUCAAAAGAUACUUACAGCCCCGACGAACAUUUCUGGGUGACACUUAACAGGAUUCCAGGUGUCCCGGGCUCCAUGCCAAAUGCAUCGUGGACCGGUAACCUCAGGGCUAUAAAGUGGAUCGACAUGGAAGAUAAACACGGCGGCUGCCAUGGCCGCUACGUACACGGCAUUUGUAUCUAUGGAAACGGGGACUUGAAGUGGUUGAUCAAUUCGCCCAGCCUCUUUGCUAACAAGUUUGAGCUGACUACGUACCCCCUCACUGUGGAAUGCCUGGAACUGAGGCUUCGAGAAAGAACCCUGAAUCAGAGCGAAACAGUGAUCCAACCCAGCUGGUACUUCUGAGCCACUCUAACCCGUGAUCGGAGGGCAGCCGCGGCCUUUUCUUCGUGAGAGAACCCGGCCUCGCUUACGGUAACGGUUGUAGCCGCGAGGUCACGGCUGCAGGACCUGGCCGGGUUAUUCUGUGUUACAACACCCGCCGGGCACUGGGAACUGUGCAAUCAGGAGGGCUGCGCGGGUCGAUGCUGGCAUGUUCGGCAUCCUGGCCUUCUCUUGACGGUCGUUCCACGUCGGGCUCGUGAUCGGAUCCGUGGCCAGUGGAACUGGCGUCAGACCUUUGCACCAGAUACUCAUCAGAGCGAGAUGCUCUCACGGAAAGGAGAGCUAUAGAUAAUACUGUUUAGGAAAAUAGGAACUGUGUUUCUCCGGAGAAGGAAUCUCCUAUGCCAGACCCGUAGCCACGCGUUCAUGGAUACCCCUCCUCUUUGCUCAGCGGCCCCCCGGGCAUAGAAACAGCUUCCUGGGCACCUCAGCAAUCUCCUUUAAAACCUGAGCUGCUAGAAUGGAGAACUAGAUCGUGUUUCCUGAGUUUCAACACGAGCACGGUGAGCUUACCGUGUCUGAAGGUCUGUACAGAAUGUAAAGUCGUUAACAAGAGGUGGGAUAUGCUAUCAGACAGCAGUCACUGGCGGCUGCUUCGGCAAAGGGACCCCAGGGAAACAGGACCUUUCUUGUGGGUCAGAAUGUACUCUCGUCCCUCUUCCAUUGUUUUCCAUGGCGAAUGCUAAAAAGUUCCCACCGAAUGAAGAUGUUUCUAGAACUGAGGUGCUGUUGCAUGGCUCUCAUCCCAAGUCUCUAACCCUCAGGAAUGAAUCACUCGCCUCUUGGAUCACCACCCUCCACCCCCCACCAAAAGGUGAUCUUACCUGCAAAAUGGAGUCCAGACUCUAUGCCGCGACACUUUAAGGACUCCAGAGUAUUUUCUGAGUAGCUUUACAAUGCUUGGUGCUGAUUAGAGUGCCUAGAUUUUUAAGAGCUUUCAGCUGUGAGUGAGCUUCUUUGUCGCUUAUCCCUUGUCCCGUUCUCUUACCCAAUUCGUUCCCUCAGCACACAGUAAAUAUUUCUUGAGCGUCUGUUAUACACCAGAUAUGUGCUUGAGACAAGGAGAAAAGUAAGACAGAAGCUACUUGUGUCUGAAAUUCUUGAUAAUAGCAUCCAUAUGGGGAAGGCUGCUCUAGAGAAUCUCACAGACUGCUUG